CCCACGUGACCCGCCUCCUUGGACUCGCGCGUCUAGCUCCAGCACCAGACUCCACGGAGGCUCGUACCCUUCUGGUUGCAGCGCCCGGUGGCCCUGAGGGCGCGCGGGCCCGGGAAGCCCCAAGAGGCGGAGGCGGAGGCGGAGCAGGUCUUCGGGUCCCAGAGUCGCGGCCGCGCGCUCCAGGCGAGAAUCGGGAGGAGGAGCCGCCUGCAAGGAUAGGCCCAGGAGCAAUGGCGUCCAAAAAGGAACUAGCAGUAAAAAAUCUCAUCAUGGAAAAGGCCCACCAGGAAAACGAAGGAGCGGACCAGGCCCUUUUGCAGAAUGAGGAGGAAUCACGCAAUUUGGGAGGAGGCGAAGCCCAGAAGCCUGGAGGAAAUGUCAGGCUGGGGUGGGUUAAGCGACUUGUCCCAAAUUUUCGACGGGCCAUAUCUAACAAGCGUGUUGAUCACAAUGAAGUGGGAGAUAAUGUAGAAAAGAUCGCAAUGCACCGGGUGGAAAUCAGGAGAAAGACCAGGGAGCAGCAAAUGAGACAUGUUAUACGCUUCCAAACUCCUGAACCUGAUAAUCAUUAUGACUUUUGCCUUAUACCUUAAAUCCUAAGGUUUUCACUGAGGUUAAUAAUGUGGCCUCUACUCCAAAAGCUAGUAGUUUUGUGAUUUACUUUUCUGUAAACCUUUUGAUGUUUCCUCUUACUAGUUUUUAAUUGAAUAAUGUUUAUGUCUCAGCAUAAAACUCUUUGUCCAGCAAGGCAAUUUCACCAAGUUUUUGGAAAAAUAUUCUUUUCAUGUUGUAAAAUUAAUAAAGCAGCUUAAAAACCAA